AUGAAGUUUCACGCGGCUUUGCUUCGCCGCGCAUUGAACCCCGGAGCCGUUUUGAGCUCCAGGGGUUCUCCCAAGUUUCAGCAGUAUACCCUUGGCAGCUAUCCGAUUCCCCCUGAGCAGGAGCUGCUGUGGAAGAAUCGCAUGAAGGCCUAUGGCGGCUACAUUCAGCAGACCAUUUCGCCGUUUCAGAUGAAGAUCCUUUGGCCAUUCUGGCACACUUUUCCGGCAAGAACGUGGGCAAAAUUCAGCGCGUAUUAUUGGUGGUGGGUGUGGCCGGGCAUGGUGACAUACGGCAUCAUCAAGAAGAUGUUUCAUGAUGCUGAGCAUGAAGUCCGUGAUAAAUACUGGUAA